AAUCUGAAGAAGAUUAAAAACAAUAAUAAAACUCAAAAAGUAAAGAAAUACUAAAUAAAGUUUUAAAUUUAUAUACCAACACUGAAGCCCUACAAGAAGAAAAAGGAAUAAAAACUCGUUUUUCCGAUGUUUUGGGAAUCGAUGAAUUUAAAGAAGAACUUGAAGAGUUAGUUGAUUAUUUAAAAAACCCUCUAAAAUACCAUCAAGCCGGAGCUAAGCUUCCUAAGGGAAUACUCUUAAUAGGUCAACCUGGAACUGGUAAAACAUUACUCGCAAGAGCUCUAGCAGGAGAGGCUGGGUGUUCUUUUUUUUACAAAAGUGGUUCUGAGUUUGAUGAAAUGUUCGUAGGUGUAGGUGCUUCUAGGGUUCGAGAAUUAUUCAAAAAAGCAAGGGAAAAAGCGCCUUCAAUAAUUUUUAUAGAUGAAAUAGAUUCAGUAGCUGGUAGUAGAAGAGGAAACGACCCUUCUCAUGCUAGAGACACUGUAAAUUAGAUAUUGGCAGAAAUGGAUGGAUUUAAAUAAAGUGAUAAUGUAAUAGUUAUAGGAGCCACAAACUUUGAAUAGGCAAUUGAUCCAGCUAUUAAAAGACCGGGAAGAUUCGAUAAAAUUAUUCAUGUCCCUUUACCAGAUAUUAAAGGAAGAGAAUAAUUAUUUUAAUAUUAUUUGAAAAAUAUAAAAAUUUAAAAUGAUAUUUAAGCUAAAGAAUUAGCUAGACAAACAACAGGAUUUUCAGGCGCAGAUAUUUAAAAUAUGGUUAAUAUAUCUAUAUUGAAUGCUAUAAAAGACAAUAGGGAUAAUGCUAAUUUAAAAGAUUUUGAUUAUGCAUUAGAUAGAAUCGCUAUGGGAGUUGGAAGAAAAAAUAUGUUUAUAACUGAAGAAGAUAAAAAAUGUACUGCUAUACAUGAAAGUGGACAUACUAUUGCAGCUUUACUUACUCCUGGUAGUGUUCCUUUGCAUAAAGUUACUAUUUUGCCAAGAGGAGGGGCUCUAGGAUUUACGUCGAUGAUACCAGAAACUGAUAAACAUAAUAAUUCAAAAAAAAACAUGAUCGCAUUUAUUGAUGUAGCUAUGGGAGGGAGAGCUGCAGAAGAUUUAUUUAUGGGAAAUGAUUAAAUAACAACAGGAUGUUCAAAUGAUUUACAGAAAGCUACUGAAAUUGCUUAUUAGUAUAUUAAGUAUUAUGCUAUGAAUGAAUAGUUAUCACUUAUUUCAGCUAAUGAUAAAAUAGAAAUUUCUGAUUAAUUCAAUUAUUCACUUGAUUUGGAAGUAUAGAAGAUUUUAAAGGAAUCUUAUUAGAGAGUUAAAUAAUUAUUAAAAGCUAAUGAAUUCUAAUUAUUAAGUUUAACUGAUUAAUUGGUUAAAAAUGAAACUUUAACAGCUGAAUAAAUUAAAGAAAUCGUUUAUAAUAAUAAAAAGUAUUGAAAUAAUAAUAAAAAAAAAAUAUAAAAUAUAUGUAAUAUAUGAAUAUUUUUAUAUUUUU